GGCGAUAUAUCAUUGCGAACUUAGGCGGAUGGAAGUAAAGUAGGUACCUACCUAGGUGGCUUGGUUUAUCGGGUUUAUUAGUCAGUUCAAUCAUCCUGCCUGUCAUCCAUCAUCACCAUCAAUCAGUCAGAGGCGAAGUGAAAGAAAAAAGAAAAGAAAUUCAAUUACAAAUACAUGUGUAAAGUUAUAUGUAUUAUCCGUGUUAUAUUUUUAUAGCUGCUGAAUGUGUGACUCCUUUUAAAACGUGUUUAUCUUUGUUGGAUAAUUGAGCAGAGGAAAUGUCUGGACACAAAAGCACUAUCAAUGCCACCAAUUUGUUCGAAGAUGAUGUGGACGACAAUACCUUUGUCAACAGUUAUAGAUCAAGAUUUCCUCCACCUCAGCCGACACCUUCAUCAACAAGCUAUGGAGGGCACAUCGCGGAACUUGAACGUCAAAGACAAAUGAUGUUGCAGAAACAAAAGGAAAUAGAACAACGUACACUUGACUCAUCGUGUCGUAGCAUAGGACUGCUGCGUGAAUCAGAGCAAAUUGGUAUCGCGACGGCAGAAGAGCUUACUCGUCAACGAGAACAACUUCAAAAUACCAAUAAGAGGCUAGAUGAGAUUAACACUAACUUAAAUUACAGCCAGAAACAUUUGAACGGUAUCAAGUCAGUAUUUUACGGACUUAAAAACUAUAUAUCUGGAAAAAGUGACAAAACACCUCCUCGUAGUCAAACUUCUCCUGACACUGGCAGCAUAGGAGGUCCGAGCAGCAGUAGAUUAACAGAUACUUUAGAUAAUCUUCAGCCAGCUUCUGAGGCAUAUGAACAGCCUUCUCGUUUUGAUUCCCAUCCUUCAACAAGACUCCGAGGCCUGGAUCAGCAAACAGUGUCACAGCCAGUGACAGACAGUCAGCGUGUGAAUGAAAUGCUUGAUGCAAAUUUGGAUGAGAUGGUAAAUGCAAUAUCAAGACUCAAGGGUCUUGGCACUGCUUUGGGUGAAGAAAUAGAGCAGCAGAAUCAUCUCAUAGAUACUAUACACGAUAAAGUUGAAGGCACUGACAUAAAGAUUGGAAAACAAAACAAACAGAUGAAUAAACUUCUUGGAAAAUAAGACAGGUGCAAUACCUACAUACUUUUGUAACAUUUCCAUAUAUUUUGUUGAUUACACUCAGGCAAUAUUAGAAUUAUAUUAAAUAAAUGUACAUAUUGUAAAGUACUCUUUUAAAGUUUUAUUUUUCUUUUUUUAUGAUAUUAAUAACGAUUAUAAUUAAUUAGUUAUAAUUUUAGCAGUGUUUGCCAGACUACCUUAUCAAAAUUAUGACCUUGUGCUGUUAUUGGUAAAAUACACAUACUAUUUUGUAUCUUAAUAAAAAUAUGUAUAUUGCA